CGGCCGAGCGGAUUAUUGCGUUCCUGGUUGUGUUCUGUAUUGUCAGUAGCGAUCGAGAUGCCCGAGCCGGCGAAAUCUGCUCCCGCGCCCAAGAAGGGCUCUAAGAAAGCGGUGACUAAGACCCAGAAGAAAGGAGACAAGAAGCGCCGCAAGACCAGGAAGGAGAGUUACUCCAUCUAUGUCUACAAGGUGCUGAAGCAGGUUCACCCCGACACCGGCAUCUCCUCCAAGGCCAUGGGCAUCAUGAAUUCCUUCGUCAACGACAUCUUCGAGCGCAUUGCUGGGGAGGCGUCCCGCCUGGCGCAUUAUAACAAGCGCUCCACCAUCACCUCCCGGGAGAUCCAAACCGCCGUGCGCCUGCUGCUGCCCGGGGAGCUGGCCAAACACGCCGUGUCUGAGGGCACCAAGGCUGUGACCAAGUACACCAGCUCCAAGUAACCGCUCUGUGUUCUCCAAGUGACUUCAACUAUGAACCCAAAGGCUCUUUUAAGAGCCACCCACUUUCUCCAUGAGAGAGCUGAGAGUCCUAGCUAAUACUCUAAAACGCAUUAGUCAUCUUUUUAUAGGGGUAUUAACUUAUAUGUAAGAUGUUUGUAUGAGGAAUGAGAACUUUUCUAGAAAGCUAUUGUCUCAGGGUUUGAUAUAUAACAGAAAAUAGAUACUUACCUAGAAUUACUUUUAAUUUUAGAAUAGAUAAAAAUGUGCUGUCCUAUUAAUGUCUACUAUUCAACAAUGGCAUCUGAACACCUUUGUUUAUGCAAUAGAAAAUAUCAAUUUUUAAAAAAUACUAGUAAGAUUUUUUUAGUUUAUUUUCCCUAAUAAAAAUUCUUACCAUCUCCA